AUGAUGUCGUCUCGUAAGCAGAGAGCAGACGUCUUCCUGCACCAGAGGACCCGCCCCGAGCAUCACCUCGACGGCCGAGGCAGCAACAGCAUUGCCAGAGUCUCGGGACCCAGAGCGCCUACCUACCAAGACCGCAAACCACCGCCGAUGCAAAUGUUUAGCUCCAACGCCCCCGUUGCUCCAGCUUCGUACUCUCGUGAUGAGGUGUUCUUUACAGACCCCGCCAAGGCCAGCGCCGACCUGAAAGCUCUGCUUGAGGGUGGCAUGGACGAAGGGGAAGAUGAAGAGGGGGAGACCAAAGGUGAUGAUGGUGAGAAGAAGCCUGAGGUGGUCAAGGAGACAAAUGAUGGCUCUAUCGACGGCCUCAAGGUCAAGCUACUGCCUCAUCAAGUGGAAGGUGUCGAGUGGAUGAGAGGACGAGAACUCGGCCCCGUCAAGCGAGGCAGGGUGCCCAAAGGUGGCAUUCUCGCCGACGACAUGGGUCUAGGAAAGACGCUCCAGUCCAUCUCGCUGAUUCUCACCAACCAGAAGCCGGAGAAAGAUGGCACUGGCUGGAAGAAGCAGUAUGAAAACAUCGAAAAGACAACACUGGUGGUGGCACCGCUGGCCCUGAUCCGACAAUGGGAGCACGAAAUUAAGGAUAAAGUGGAAAAAUCCCAUGGGCUCAAAGUCUGCGUUCAUCAUGGACCAAACCGUACGAAGCGGUUCAAGGACCUUGCCCUGUACGAUGUUGUCGUUACAACCUACCAGAUUCUAGUCUCGGAGCAUGGCAAUUCUUCUGACGCCGAGAAUGGUGUCAAGGCAGGAUGCUUUGGUCUACAUUGGUGGCGAGUGAUCCUCGAUGAGGCUCACACUAUCAAGAACCGCAACGCAAAGGCUACAAAGUCCUGCUACGCAUUGCGGUCCGAGUACCGCUGGUGCUUGUCGGGUACUCCCAUGCAGAACAACUUGGAUGAGCUCCAGUCUCUGGUCAAGUUCCUCCGUAUUAGACCUUACGAUGACCUCAAGGAGUGGAAGGAACACAUUGACCUCCCCCUGAAGAACGGCAAAGGACACAUUGCCAUCCGCAGACUUCAUAGUCUUCUCAGGUGCUUCAUGAAGCGCCGAACCAAGGACAUCCUCAAGGAAGCUGGUGCUCUCAACCCUGGUGGCAAGCCAUCUGCCGAGGGCGAAGGUUCCGCUACGGGAUUCAAGGUCACUGAGCGCAAGGUCGUGACUGUGGCGACGGAGCUGUCGCCUGCAGAGCGCAAGUUCUACGAUCGACUAGCAGCGCGCGCUGACCGCAGCAUCGAAGCCAUGAUGCGUGGCAGGGUCAACUACGCCAACGCCUUGACCUUGCUCUUGCGACUGCGACAGGCUUGUAACCAUCCGAAGCUUGUCGAAGGCAAGCUGGAGAAGGACAAGGACGCCUUGUCGACAGACUCGAGCCAGAAGUCGCAAGAUGUGGACAUUGACGCCAUGGCUGACAUGUUUGCUGGCAUGAGUGUUGUUUCCAAAGACUGCAAUAUUUGUGGACGAGGACUGAGCAGCGAGGACACCGGCUCAGGAAGAGACAUCUGCACUGAGUGUCAUGAUGAUCUGGCGUACUUUAACAAUCAUGAGCGACCGGAGAAGCCAAAGAAGUCCAAAGACAAGAGCAAGAAGAAGCACAAGUCUAAGAAAGGGGUCAAGGAAGAAAUUGUCGACGAGAAGGCAGCUCGACAACCCAGACACCGCAAUGCCAUCGUUGAUAGUGACGACGAGGAAGAGGGCUCCUGGCUUGUCCCCGAGGGCGAGCAAGGCUCUCUCCAUCUUGGCAAGGCUGGUGGUGAGGAGGACGAGAACGCCGAGGGUGGAGGUGACUGGCUCGGCUCUGACGACUCGGAGGAUGAGGAGAGCAAGGUCCAGGAGCAGAGCAAUCUGAGCAGCUUUAUCGUGGACGACGAGGCUGCCAAGAAGGAAAAGGGAUACCGCUCCAUGGGUGAAGCAUCUGACUCGGACGACUCUCUAUUGUCUGUUAUGGAGAUUACGAAGCGAAUGGCGGCUCAAACACUGAGCGAUGAGCCAUCAACAGACUCUGGCUCCGAAGACGACUCGGAUCUCUCGUCCGAGGAGGAUGACAGCAUCUUCUACCCGUCGCGCGAUCCUCACUCGCCUCAAGUGCUCGCGUCGUCCAAGAUCCGCGAACUCAUCAAGAUCCUGCAAGCCGAGGUCAAGGAGCACAAGUUUAUCGUCUUCUCCCAGUUCACCUCUAUGCUUGACCUCGUUGAGCCCUUCUUCCGCAAGGAGCGCUUCUCCUUUGUGCGCUACGACGGUAGCAUGAAGAACGACGAGAGAGAAGAGAGCCUUCGUCGCCUCAGGAGCGACCCCAAGACGCGCAUCCUGCUGUGCAGUCUUAAGUGCGGUAGUUUGGGACUCAACCUCACCGCAGCGACGCGUGUCGUCAUCCUCGAGCCAUUCUGGAACCCUUUUGUUGAAGAACAAGCCAUCGAUCGUGUCCACCGUCUCACGCAGACCGUCGACGUCAUCAUCUACAAGCUCACCGUCACCAAGACGGUUGAAGAGCGCAUCCUCGACCUGCAGGAGAAGAAGCGUCUCCUUGCUGAGCAGGCCAUCGAGGGUGGCAUGCGCAAGGAGGGCUUCAAGCUCGGCCUCAACGAGAUCAUUGCCCUUGUCGACGACAAGGGUCGUAGGGCCGCGGGUAUGAUCAAGAGAAGGCCCGGACGCCCGAGAAAGGAGGAGAGCUCUGUCUACGGGCGUAGGUGGUGA